AUGGCUCAACGAGUUUCCACCCGGCGGACGACGGAGGACUGGCAAGAUGCCUUUUACAGCCUGGAGGAGCGUCAUCGCCAGCUGCAGAAGAAGUUAAACGAAAAGGAGCAGGAGCUCAAGCUGCUCAAAGUGUCACAGCGACGUGAAUCCGCCGCGCCGUUGUUUGCCCGGGGCGGCCCUUCACGCUCAGCCCCUCUUAUGAGUGGGCGAGCUUCCAGCAUGCGGGCGCCUUUAUCAUCGGCAAAAGCCAAUGAGAGGACAUCGGGGACACGAGUAGGAGGAGAAGGAACUGCAAAUGAGGGGAAACAUGACAGCUUUCCCGAGCGGAAUGCCGGUCUUGUGUCCGUUCCGUCCGCCGCACGGAAGGCUGAUGCCGGGGCUGCGGCCGCGGAGUUGAGGAGCGCCUGGUCGGCUUCCCCAUCGCCGGAUCCCUCCAUGGUGUGGGGAAUGGAAAACAGCAUACAAAAUUAUGUUACCGCCAAUGCCCUCUAUUACGCGAACGAGGAGUUGCGUCACCGUCUUGAUGAUGCCGUGACUCUUGUGAAGACACUGCAGCAUGAGUUGGCUUCCAGUCGCAGCUUGGUAAUGAACACCCAGAAACGGCUGGAGGAGACGACGCAGCAAAUGCAUCAGCUUGUGCGGGAGCGUGAUUUGGCCAGUCAAAAACUCUCCGUUUCACAGCAGGCCGUUGCGGAACUUGAGCGGACUUUGAAGCAUCACAACACAGAGGAGGAACGGAUUCGUUUCUCGCUGGAGACACAAAUCACGGAGUUGCGAAGCCGCCUAGUCGUAGGGGCUGACAGCAACGAGCUGCUUACCCGCGAUGUUCGUACCCUUCUUUCGGAGGUUAAAGAAAAAUCUUUGGAGGUGCAAAGUCUGCGAUCGAAAAUUACUCUUGCCGAGGCGGCGUUAUCGUCGCAGAAACAAAACAAUGAGAAUCUUUUAGUGGAGUUGCGUGGCCUUAACAAUCAACUCAUCAAUGAGCGCAAACGACUGCUUUCCAUGACACGCGAGGCGCAAUUGGCGAGUUUGCGUGCCGAUGAAGCGAAGGAUUUUGAGUCUCGUCUAGCGGAGGCUAUAGAGAGCCGUAGUGCACUUGAACGUGAGCAUGUAAGACUGAUGGAGAGUUUAGUGGGCGUCACAGAAAGUGCAUUGCGGCAGGCGAGGGAGGAGGUGCGACAAGACAUUGCCGAUUGGCGUGCAUCCGCCUCCCAUUGGGAGGAGGUGUCACAGUUGCUUUACAAGGACAUUGCACAACGGACUCAGGCGCACAUUCAGUGUCGUGGGGAGUGUGAGGAGGCGAAAAGAGAUCGUGACGAGGCUUCUAUCGCUUUGCGGGAUGCGUGGGAAGAAAUUAAAUUGUGCCGUGCGAAGCUGGACAUUGUUUGGCCAACACACCGCGCCGACACGGAUAACUUGACACCGACGGAGAUUCUUUCCACGUUUGGAAAUUACAAAGCCAUUUUCCGACACAAUCGGCACAGGAAGACCGGUCGUGCCGAGGGCGCCUCCGUUUCCCAUGAAGAGAAUGAAAGGGACGACGGCGAAAUUACCGUGCAAUUAUGUGAUGGGUCGAUGGAAGAGCAGGUCCGCGAGCUCCACGAGGCGAAUGGUGCGUUGCUGGCGGAGCUGGAGCAGUUGCGCAUCACGAACGAAAUGCAAGCCGAGCGGCUACGGAAGAUGGAGAGGCAGGUGCGGCGAGAGCGAGAGGAAGUUCAGGCCUCUGCGGAGGCGUUGGAACAACGGGAGGAGGCCACACAGAAGUUUUUGCAAACCCAACUUGAUCGUGUGGCGUUUCUUGAGGCUCAAGUGCGCUCGUUGCGUGGCUAUGAUGUGUCACCGAACAUGUCCCUGCGUGAGGUUGGUCCUGGGGAAACGGUGUUUGAGCUUUUUCUUGGGCAGAUCUUCUCCACAGAGACGCCGGAAGGCGUGGGACUGCGUGACAAGUUUCCACCGAUUUUUUGCUCCGUGGACUUCUUGCUGCAUGAGACCGUCACGACGCCAAUUGUGACUGGGCUUAACGGAUUUCUUGACACGACGGUCUCGUUUUGUGUUGCCAUGGACGCACUGCUGCAGUACUACCUGCAGUCGCGUAGUCUGCUUGUCCAACUGCACCGCGUGCGCUCGCAGGACGAGAUCCACAAAAUUGUGUCUGCAAAAAGUGACACACACGAGCCUCUUUACGCGGAGCGUCUGUGCGCGACGCUGGCGGAAGGCUCCGUUAGUUUAAGCGCUUUUGUGUUGGAUGAAAAGUGUCGCCAAGCUCAGCGGCCCACAGUCCGGGGACAUAUUCCUUUGCGCACCAAAAAUGGUCACCACAUUGCUUCGGUCGAGUUUACGGUGACGGUUCGAACUCCAUUUAGCGACUCGUUCCGCGCGUUGGCCGCUGAGGCAAGUAGAGAGUCGCGCCCAAAGCUGACGGAAACGAAAAUGCCAGCGGAAGUAAAUAUGCCGCGGGUAGAAGGGAGGAUGCAGUUGGUGCCGACAACACAUCCUUCAGAGGCCUUUGGCUCGGUUUCCACGACCUCUUCCUCUUCAAUGUCUCUAUUGGACUCGAAGAUACAGGACCGACCUUCCGGUUUUACGCUUGUUCCACGUGCCGCUGUAAUGGCCAGCGUUCCUUCCUCUUCUUCCUCAUCCACCAUCCGCUUGCUGAUAGUGGAUGUGCAUAGACUGCAUUUGCCACACAACUUGGCCCCUGUUCCUCGUCUUUCAUGUUACUAUGCAUUGACUCCGCUUGGUCGGGAUGUGUACCUCCCUGCUCCACCUACCCCACGGUACGAAUACGAAUAUUUACAGGAAGGCGGUCAUGGCGGAACACUUUUUCCAGUUGUUUCUGUGCGGGAGCUACUGGCUGUAACACGUGAGCCCUUUAUGUUGUUUUUCUUUGACGAGUCAUCACCGACAGCGCACAGUAGUGAAAGACAGGGUGAAUGCCCGUACUGGGCAAUGGCCAGAGCAGAGUGGCGACUAGCGCUCGAGCGACCAGAGGAAUACGUCUCACUGGAGUUGCCUUUGAUGGAUCCGCAGGGAUGCCCUGUUCAGGGGGCCUUUCUGCAAAUUCGGUUACUUGCCACAAAAAAUACGCAGGCCACCGAGGCGGGUUCAGCGAUGGCUCUGCAGACGGCCCGUGCUGUCAAUACAGGUUGGCGAGAGCAAUCGCGAGAAUAUGGGAACCCUGCCGGCGCGGUGAAUCUCCCACGGGUCUUUAGAAAUGCGCAUGCCACUCAUGACGACAAUGCUACCAGUGAUUCUGCUGCUUUGGUCAAUUACGUCCCUACAAUUACAUCAGGCGGUGGACGCACGUAUGACAACACUUUGGAGUCUGUUGAGGUGGAGAUGAUCCGGCGGCAACUGGAUGGCUAA